ACCGCACGCCCUCCAUCUCCACUCCAUCGUCUUGCCCGCCCUGCCGUCAAGAUGAGCUUCAUGCAAAAGCGCGGUCUCUCGACCCUCAUCCCCCCCAAGAUUGCUUCUCCCAAUGCUAUCGGCUCCUCCCCCAAUGCUGUCCGCAUGCAGAAGGUCGUGAGCUUCUACGAGAAGCUGCCCCGUGGCCCAGCUCCCGAGCCCGAGGCCAAGGGUCUUCUCGGACGCUACCAGAAGAAGUACAUGGGCAAGAACCCAUCAGGAAGGCCUCUCGUCCACGUCAUUGGCUUCCUGAUUGCGCUCGGCUACGCACAGAACUACUACUUCCAUCUCCGCCACCACAAGAACAACGAGCACUAAGCGGGUCCUCUGGAUGCGCUGUGUCGCCACGAGCGAAUGGACAAGAUGUGUAUAUGUAAAGUGUAGUUGGUGAAUCAAGUCUCUAGCCAAGACCGUCUCUUCUCCUAUCGUGCAAAUGACUGUUUCCUUCUGUUUCAACAUAUCCACGUGUGCAGUGGUGGAGCCUCGUACACCUCUCGCUACGCCGACAUGGUCAUCUCGAACGGGGGAAAAGUGGUGUAUGAUCUGCGAUGCUAUGGAAUAUGUAACAGGGCUUGUUGCAACAC